AUGGCUUCUACAAGUAAAAGAAAUUCUGCAGUGAGAAAUCCAAAUACAUUUUGCCCUGAAGGUGAAGUCUGCAAGCACGGAUUCCUCAUCAAAUCACCACCUCUUCAACUUUUUGGUUCACAGAAUUCCUGGAAACGGCGCUUUUUCAUCCUGUCCAAAUCCAGCAAGGGCAAUUACAUCCUGAAGUAUCUCAAAGGCCAGAACACAAAAGGCUCCAUAGCCGUUGAUCAAAUCAUAAAUAUCGAAGUUGGCAUAAGCAAUUCUGAAGUUAUGGAAACGGUGAGGAAGAUGUUUAAAUGCCUUCCCGAACAGGUGAUGUCCAUCCGUACUGGAAACAGAUGUUACUACCUCAUUGGGAGCAGCAGGCAGGAAACAGAGGACUGGGUCACUGUGAUAUCUUCAGUCUGCAGGGAGACAACGAGAGGUGGAUGCUGCCCUCAGAACGAUGAUCUUCCAAAUCCAGAAGUCAGAAGCCGGCCCUCCUCUUUGCCAGUAUUGUUAAAUUCUAUAGAUAGGACCAGCUUCCCAGAAAGGCAAAGCCACCAGGAGGAUAAAAACCUGGGAAAGAAGCUGUCAUCAGAUACAGAUGAAGACAUCAAAAAGGAUGAAGAAGACUAUUACCAAACUCCCAGCAGUAUUUUAGCAAAGUGCACUGCUGAAGUAUCAGCGCCCAACCUUACAGCUGAGUCUGAUGUCCCUGUGCAAGAGAAGCCAGUACAGAAGAAUCUGGUAAAGGAGAACAUUUAUAUGUCAAUGAAAUCACUUAGGUUGCAGGAUGAGAGUUCCCAGCUCACGUGCAGAAAUGAUGAGCUCCUGUCUCCGCCCAAACACCAAGACAACGGUGCAUGUCCAGGAGACUUGGAAGCAAACAGAGACCUAAACCUCCCAGAAAGUAGCACCAGUCAGCAUCCAGCACUUCAGAGAAGGCAAAAUUCAUUAUCACUUUCGGUGGUUCAGUUGUCUAUACUGCUCAGUCAAGUUACAGAUGAGACCCAGCUGGAGAAGUUGGAUAUUUUCAUCCCCCUAGCUGAUAUUUACAGUUACCUAAAACUUACCGAAGCAGCAGGACAAAUAUGUGUCUCACACUGGAGUGGUCCUUGCCGUCUGGGAUGUUUGUUCAAUCAUGGAGACCAUAUAGUGGCUGUGAAUGAUCUGCAACCCCAGGAUGUGGAGGAGGCUUACUUCUUCAUCAGCAGGUCCACAAGAAAGGAGGUGAAGCUUACUGUAUGUAGGAUUCCACAUUCAGAUAUUUUCCAUGUUAAAGGCUGCUCAUGUUCCUGA